CGCCGCGCUCGUAAGGAAGUAUUUAUUGUUUUAUUUGCACGUAGACCCGGUCAGCUCCCGUUUCGGUUGAAAUACUUCCGCCUAUUUGUCUGUGAUUUCUGCUAAAUUUCCAUCAUGGCUGCUACAUUUUUGACUGAAGAUCCAGCAUACAAAGAACUCAAGGCAUGCUAUGACCGAGUUGGAAGCAAAUUGAACCUUAAUCAGCUGAUGAAAUCCGAUCCAAAACGGUUUGAAAAAUACAGCCGCACUAUUCCGACUCCAGAUGGAGACUUUCUCCUAGAUUUCUCCAAGAAUCUUGUGGAUGAUGAAGUCUUUGGUCUCCUGCUCAAACUGGCUAAAGCUCGAGACCUGGAGGGAGCUCGAGAUCGUAUGUUUGGAGGAGAGAAGAUCAACUUUACGGAGGACCGGGCUGUGCUCCAUGUUGCCCUACGUAACCGUUCUAACACCCCUAUCCUGGUCAAUGGCAAGGACGUCAUGACAGAUGUCAAUGAGGUCCUUGGUCGUGUCAGGAAAUUUACAGAGUCUGUUCGUAGCGGUGAAUGGAAAGGAUUCUCAGGCAAGGCAAUCACUGAUGCUGUCAACAUUGGUAUCGGAGGAUCAGAUCUUGGUCCAGUGAUGGUGACAGAAGCCCUGAAACCAUUUGGAGGACCGCUCAAGGUUCACUUUGUCUCAAACAUCGAUGGAACUCAUCUUGCUGAGGUCUUGAAGAAGGUUAACCCUGAGACAACCCUCUUUAUUGUAGCAUCAAAGACGUUCACCACCCAGGAGACGAUCACCAACGCUACCUCAGCUAAGAACUGGUUCCUGGAGACGGCCAAGGACCCUGCCCAUGUUGCCAAGCACUUUGUCGCCCUCUCCACCAAUGCCGAGAAGGUUUCAGCCUUUGGUAUUGACAAGAACAACAUGUUUGGAUUCUGGGAUUGGGUUGGUGGACGCUAUUCUCUCUGGUCCGCCAUCGGCACGUCUAUCGCCCUCUAUGUUGGCAUGGAUAACUUUGAGAAGCUCCUAGAAGGGGCUCAUUUUGCUGACAAUCAUUUCCGUACUGCUCCCCUGGACAAGAAUCUCCCAGUCAUCAUGGGCAUGCUAGGAGUCUGGUAUUCUAACUUCUUUGGAGCGGAGACUCAUGCCCUACUCCCGUAUGAUCAGUACUUACAUCGCUUUGCAGCCUACUUCCAGCAAGGCGACAUGGAAUCUAACGGGAAAUAUGUGACCCGUGAUGGUCGCCGUGUAGCCUAUUCUACCGGUCCUAUCGUCUGGGGAGAACCAGGAACUAAUGGGCAACAUGCUUUCUAUCAACUCAUUCAUCAAGGUACUCGCAUUAUCCCAGCUGAUUUCAUAGCUCCUGUAGAGACUCAUAACCCUGUCCAGGGAGGUUUGCAUCAUGAGAUCCUAAUGGCAAACUUCUUAGCCCAGACUGAGGCUCUGAUGACAGGCAAGACUAAAGCGGAAGCAGAGAAAGAGCUGGUGGCUUCUGGGAUGUCCGCUGAAAAUAUUAAACUCAUUCUGCCCCACAAGGUAUUUGAAGGCAACCGUCCAACCAACUCCAUCAUGUUCCAGAAGCUAACACCGUUUACACUCGGCGUACUGCUUGCUACGUAUGAACACAAGAUCUUCACUCAAGGAAUCAUAUGGAAUAUCAACUCAUAUGACCAGUGGGGUGUUGAGCUCGGUAAGCAGCUGGCUAAGAUCAUCCAACCAGAGCUCAAGGACGCCAACCCAGUUUCCUCCCAUGACUCCUCAACCAACGGCCUUAUCAACUUCAUCAAGACUCACAGGAAGUAAGCAAGAGAGGAUCAGAGGUCAGAGGUCAAUGACCUUUCAGUAGUACUUACUGAGUGCAAUGUGCUCCGAUAGAUAGAAUGACUAUCAGUAAUAAUAGAAUCAGUAACUUGGUGAAAGUUUCUUUAGUAAGGUUUACUAACAUGUACAUGUAUCACUGCUAACAUACCUAAGCUUCGUUCAGAUAUGAUGAGGUAUACGUUUUAUUAAAAAAUGAUGACGUAAGUGUAAUACCCUUCAUGUCUCUGUAUCUUAUAACACAGCGCUCAAUGAAUCCAUGUAGGACCUUUGUAGCUUGCAGUUGCUAUUCAUUAACAUAUUUUAAAAAAAUCACAACUCGGUCAACUGCUUUUUUGCGUUGGUUUACCGUACCAUAUCUGAACAAGCUGUGAGAGUAUUUAGAGGACAUACAUUAAGUUUGAUGUACCUCUUCUGCUGUAGGUCAUAUUCAAAUUUGAAUGCCUAAGUAAAGAAUUUUCCAGCUUUUAUUUCAUACAUGAAGAUUAUAAAUUGUAUAUUAUCACUACAUAGAUAAUAUCUACUUAUUAUGAGUAACCCAGGAAUAUAUUUCACUUUUCACCUGUUAAGCAAUAGAAUACAGUGUACAUGUAUAUGUUUAUGAAUGGUUAUGGUAUGUAGAACAUACAUGUAUGUUAGUCCCAAGUUACCUUGAAAUACAUACAUAUUAUCAUGAUACAUCCAAUCCAUGUGUUAGAAUUGUUGAUUUGAAAUAUAAAAGAAAUUUUUAAUCAUAGAAAUGAUUCUGUGUUUCAGAAUGAAAGAAAUAUCAUAGUGGCUGAACUUUAUUAACUGAAUUGCCGGGUAGAAAAAUGCAAAACUGCCAAAUAUUUUCUUGGUUUUCAGAAACCUGCCGAGCAAUCUCAACUCCCAACUUUAAUGUGAAUUAGAUUCACCCCUCAAGAAACUCAAAGGUAAUAUAUAUGCAAUUCCAAUGACCUUGAGAAUAAAUUACUUAUUAAACUUUUGUGAGUUGUUAAUUCUGUGUAAAAGCUUGAAUUUGUGUAGUUAAUUUUAUGAUAUAUUGUCUCACAAUUAUCAAAAGAAAAUCAGUACUUCCUACUUUUUUGUUUAUCUCUUUAUAAAAGAGAAUAUUUGCUAGUUGUUUUUGUAGAAAAUACCAAAGUGGUAUACAGAGAGAAAGAGAUAUAUUUAUGUUCAGUUGUUUUAAAAAUAAUUUGUUAUUGAAGAUGUAUUUUUUUGGUGUAUGUUUAGGGGUUCCAAUAUAUAUAGAUCUAUGAUUUAUUUAUGGAGCGUAUUAAUUGUGUAUAUUCCACACUGGAUGUGUAACUGUUACUUAUUCAAAUAAUCACAUUUUGCUGUAGGAUUUUGUUUAGUUAUCUUCAGCAAGAUCUGAGUUAUGUAUCAAUAGAUGUCUGAACCUUGGUACAAAAUGAGGUUCAGUCAAUCAUAAUCAUUCAUACAAUACGAUAGGUGCUAGUUGUUGUUUGAAUCAUGUUAACAAGUUUAUUACAAGCAAAGUCUAUAUUUGCCAUCAAUGAUUAAUACAUACAUUGUUUUGAAGAUUGAUUGGCUGACAUUAGUAAACAAGUAAUUAGGGUUUGGGCUUCUCUUGAACAUUAUUUUGUUUUUAGCUCCGUCAAAGUGGACAUAAAAAGUUUUUGAAAGUAUGGUAUGUAAAUAACACAUGGCAUAGAAGAAAGCAUGCAACUGAUGCAAGGUUUACAUUGCUUUUCCAGUGAUUAUUGUUUCCUUGACAAAAAAGAUCAAUGUUUUGCUUUGAUAGAUAGGAGAAUGUUAAUGCUAUGCUUCCCUUUGGUGUCUAUCUGAAUAAUUAAAUAAAGUGAUGAAAUAAUGAUGUAACACUUGAAAUUGAAGUAUAUAUUUUCAAUUUAUUGAUAAACUCAGAACAUCUGGCAAUACAUUUGCUUGUUACCAUACCAUCAUCGAUACAACCAUGCCUAUGCAUGGUAUAUAUGCAUACCCUCAAUCACAGAGGAGAUGAUAAAAAAGUAUGUUAAAUAUUUUAAUGGCUUAAUCAUGUUUAGGACCUUAACAUUAGUUUCACCUUGGUAGCCAUAAUAAAGAAAAUGAAAGCUUAUAUUCAGAGAUGUUUGUUUGUUUUACCUGACUGCUAAGAAAGCACGAGUAUGGUUGUAAGUAAGCAACCAGGGACAGAAGGCUUUAAGUCAUCUGCCAGGGACUUGGUAAUGGGGAUUAAUGCCCUACCAAAGGGCACUAGCGUAUUGAACUUGGUUUCUAUGUGUGUAUAAUUACAAUAUAACUCUGUACUUAUAAAAGAUCUAUAAAAUAUAUGUUUUGCACCUUAACCUCUUCAAUAAAACUAAACAUAGUUUUCAAUGGA